ACGAUAACGGGCGAGAGAUCGAACGGACGGACGGACGUCGGUCGGUGUUGUGGAGUGCUUGGCUGUGGUCGUGCUUGACACGGCAGAGGCUGUCGAGUGACGGGAGGCGUGUGGACUGUGUCCUUCUUCUAGCUUUUCUCGUCCGCUGCUGGGGCGGGCGACUUUGUCAGCGUCCUUGCCCAGCGACCGACCGGGCGGGAUGCCGGAAACUCGCAGGACGGUGUUCUUCACCGUCAGCUGCUUUCUCGUGUCCUUUGUGCUGACCGUGACGGCACUCGGUACUCCGGCCUGGAUCAUCACCGACUUUCAAGGCAUGUUUGAAUAUGGCUUGUUUGUCGAGUGCACGGCUCUCACCUACAACGGCGAACAGCGUCGCACUUGCGGCAAGCCCGCUGAGCAUUCUGGCCAAUGGCAAGCCACCGCCGCCUUUAUCAUCAUGGGCCUCCUGGUCCUCGUCGGCGCCAUCGGUUGCGCCACCAUGGCCAUCAUUCGUCAGCGCUACAUGGAUUAUGCCCGCUGGGCAGGGUUCACCGCCGCCAUUUUCUAUUCAAUCGCCUCCCUCAUCUUUCCUGUCGGAUUUACGCGCGACGAUAUUGGUGGCGAGCCAUACCGUCUGCCCGAGCAUACCGGCGUGGGCUUCAGCUACAUCCUUUUUGUGCUGGCCCUCAUUUUCAUCUUCAUUGGCGAACUCGUGGCCAUGAAAAUCGUGUGCCAAUGAGCCUGGAGACGCCUCGCCCUAAAGGCUGUCCGCACAGACUACGCUGCGUCGCGCAGCUAGCGCCACGCGCUUCCAGGCUUCUUGUUUUGCCGACUUCGUUUUCUCAUUUUCUGUCUUUGCAACGUUAUCAUC